AUGCCCCUCCAUGUUCCGAGCCAGGCCCUGCCGACGUGCCCGCGCGCCCUGGGCGGCGUCCUCCUCUCGCUGUCGGCGGCGCGCGCCCUCCCGCAGGGCCAGCAGCUCCACGCCCACCUCCUCAAGUCGGGCCGCGUGCCCUCGUCGUCCCCUUCCUCCCCGCUCUCCCUCCUCUCCAACCACCUCAUCACCUUCUACGCCCGCUGCUCCCUCCCCCUCCACUCCCUCCGCGCCUUCCGCGACCUCCCCGCCGCCGCCCCGGCUCCCGCCGCCUCCUGGUGCGCCCUCCUCUCCUCCCUCGCCCAGAACGCCCUCCCCCUCCUCGCCCUCUCCGUCUUCCGCUCCAUGCUCCGCGCCGGCGUCCCCCCCUCCGACCGCUCCCUCCCCUCCGCCGCCAAGUCCGCCGCCGCCCUCUCCCUCCCCUCGCUCGCCCGCUCCCUCCACGCCCUCGCCCUCAAGUCCCCCUUCUCCCCCGACGUCUUCGUCUCCUCCUCCCUCCUCGACAUGUACGCCAAGUGCGCCCUCCUCCCCGACGCCCUCCGCCUCUUCCAUCUCAUGCCCUCCCGCAACGUCGUCUCCUGGUCCGCCCUCAUCUCCGCCCACGCCGCCGACCCCGCCCUCCACCCCUCCGCGCUCGCCAUCUUCAGGUCCGCGCUCGAGUCGGGCGUCGACGUCAACGACUUCACCCUCUCCUCCGUCGCCCGCGUCUGCGCCGCCGCCACCCUCCUCGCGCUCGGCGCCCAGGUCCACGCGCGCGCCGCCAAGUCGGGGCUCGACGCCUCCCCCUUCGUCGGCAGCGCCCUCGUGUCGCUCUACUCCAAGUGCGGCCUCGCCGCCCACGCCGACCAGGUGUUCGACGAGAUGCCCCGCCGGAACCUCGGCGCCUGGAACGCCGCGCUCGCCGCCGCCGCCCAGCACGGCCGCGCCGCCGACGCGUUCCGCCGGUUCGAGGCCAUGCGCGCCGCCGGGUUCCGCCCCAACUACAUCACCUUCCUCUGCCUGCUCACCGCGUGCAGCCACGCGGGGCUCGUCGGCGAGGGCCGGCGAUACUUCGCCCUCAUGCCCGAGCACGGCGUCGAGCCCGGGCCCGAGCACUACGCCGCGAUGGUCGACCUCCUCGGCCGCUCCGGGCGCAUUCCGGAAGCGCUCGCAUUCGUCGAGUCGAUGCCGGUGGAGCCGACGGAGUCGGUGUGGAGCGCGCUGCUCACGGCGUGCCGAAUACACAAGGACACCGGCACCGCGGCGCUCGCGGCCGACCGGCUCUUCGCGGCCGGCUCGCUCAGCUCCGGAGCGAGCAUGCUGCUCUCCGGCGCGUACGCCGCGGCCGGGCGGUAUGCGGACGCGGCGCGCGCCAGGAAGGAGAUGCGGGACCGCGGCGUGCGCAAGGAGACCGGGCUGAGCUGGCUGGAGGCCGGGGGGAAGGUGCACACGUUCGUUUCGGGGGACCGGAGGCACGCGAGGAGCGAGGAGAUAUAUAGAAAAUUGGAGGAGGUCGGGGAGCGGAUGGAGCUGGCGGGGUACGUCGCGGACACGAGCGAAGUGGGGAGGGACGUGGGCGGCGAGGAGAAGCGGGCGGCGGUGAGGUACCACAGCGAGCGGCUGGCCAUCGGGCUGGGGCUGCUGGUGGUGCCGGAGGGGGUGCCAAUCCGGGUGAUGAAGAAUCUCAGGGUGUGCAGCGACUGUCACACGGCCAUCAAGUAUCUGAGCAAGUGCACCGGCCGCACGGUGGUUCUCAGGGACAACCACCGUUUCCACCGGUUCGAGAGCGGCCAGUGCUCCUGUCGGGAUUUCUGGUGACUUGUGUGAUUUUGUGGCCAACAUUAAUUUUUGGUUCCUCUACCGCCCCACGUACACAGGACACGGGACGAUUCCGCCAAUUAUCAACCGCCCCAGGUACAGGACACGGGACGAUUCCGCCAUUUAUCAACGGCGGGCUAAAUCCAUCACCAAAUAUGGGUCGCCUAAGAUAUAUGGAUAUAUACACUCCGCUGCUGAUUAGGGACGGAAGACUUUGGGCGGGGGUGACUCUAGGAAAUCCUAACAUUUUUCUCUGCUAAUGUUUUAGCUUAAAAGUUAGUUACUCUCAAAUCAUCUCCAAAAUCCUAGCGCAGUGGGAAGGAUUAUGGCGAUCUGAUCAACAUCCAUUUGUUACCGUGCAGUGCUAUGCUAGCUGAAUAGGCGAGCCAAAUUGGCUGCCGAAACAGCAAGCACACCGCACAAUAGGAGGAAUAUUUUUAAUAAAUAAUCCUACCAAAUUUUUAUAAUUAUAAAAAUAGUCUUUUAAAAAAAAUAAUUAUAAAAAUAGAUCUAUGUCAGAUUGAGUUUUCCUAAAAAGAAAAUAAUAUCGACGGUAAAUGAGUCACCGUAUUUAAAUACAAUGAAUCAUUCAUCAUUUUCAUAACUCAUAAAACUGAGGUUUGCCUAGAGGGAUUAGCUAUAAGAAGCAAGAGCUAGACAAGAGCUAACUCAAGACGGAGCUAACUAAGCAGUAGCCACCUUCAGACAGAAGAGUACCUGAAUAAAGAGCCAACCAUUUGGCGAUCGCCCUGUAGUUUGAUUUGCUGCAUCCUAGUCCGUCCGCACCAAAUACAUCAUUAUUGUAUACUCUUUGAUAUAUAUAGCGCAACCCAAUUCAAUCCUAAUCUUUGUUUUGCAGGUUUAUAAUAGAAUUGAUCCCUUUCUUAUUUUGAAUCUAAAUAUCUAAAUACUGAGAUAAAUUCCCUCUUUAAAGUAAGCAAAUUCCGUACUUGAUAAGAUCAGCAAUAAACACCUGCCUUUCCUCAAAGAAUAAGAGAAGGGAUCUUGGGCAAAGGGUUACCAGCUCGAGGAGCAAGGAAGGGAAUGAAGAUGGCAUAGAAUACCCUGUUAGCAAGAAGGAAAGGAGUUGGGCCUACAUCCCACUACUUCUUAAGGUUCCCUCUUCAAUUGAACCUUGAGUCAGAGGUCUGGCCUUGAGUCAAUAGGUAGGGUCAACUACACCAAAGUGGAAGGGCCAAACUCUAAGCUAUUAGUGGGCUUGUUUGAAUGUCAAAGAAUCCCUUGUCUUUCCUUCGAUACGAGAGGAAAAAUCAAUCGAAGAGGAACGGAAAAGAAUCCUAUGAUUGAUCUGGGAGACAGAUAUCUUAUUCUAAGAGAUAGACCUGCAACUCUUAAGUGGUCCCCUUUAGCAAGUCACCAAGUGUCAGUUUUGCCAAAAGAGUAUUUUCAUGUUGGGCCAAAGGGACUGACUGAAUGAUCCAGUGGCCCUGUGACGAAGGAACGGGCAUGAAGGGGAUAGCAAAAUGGUAGGCCUGCCCUCUGUCCCAAGUCCCAACUAAAGCACAAGUCUAUCUUACGUGCACGAAGAGAACCAAGACAUGGAAAAGAAUAGAGAAGAGAGA